AAACAGUGAUGGCCACUCGAGGAUUGUUUUACAAAAAAAUUAGCUUUUGAGAAGUCUGCUUCUAAGAGUUCUGAUAAACUGUUGAAUGUGCUUUUUUGGGGUCUUAGGGUUUAUCUUGGGCUGCUUGAUUUGUUCUGGUGCUGCUCGCGCUUUUCUUGAUUUUGAUUUCGGAUCAAUUUAUGCGAAAUGGAGGUUUUUUAUUUCUGUUUUGAUGGGCUGUUUUGCUGGCAUAUUGUAUAUGCCCGCCGCAACGAAUGCUCGUGCUUUUUGGCUUGGAACAUAUCAGUUAAGAUCUAAUUUGAGUAUGGUAUACUGUGGAUGGUUUGCUAGAAUGAUCCUAUAUGCUUCCUUUUUAUUGCCAUUUUUCUCAACAUUGCUUUGGAUUACUCCAUUAUUUGACAUUCUUAUUGAUAAGAACAUUGAUAAUAGUGGCGGAACACAUUUGAAUUCAAGCGCCAAUGAUGGACAUGUGGGUUUUAUACGAUCAGACUUGACAAAAUUUAGGCUCUGGUGCUUGUUGCUAUCAGGUCUUAUUCAAAUAAUUGCUUUACGGACAAAUUUGCAAAUGUAUUUGAAUGAAGCUUUGUUGCCCUGGUACCAGCGAUUGCAUGCCAGCAAAGUUCCCGAUUUGGAUUUUAGUAGAGCCAAAGUUUUCCUGCACAGUCACUACUUAUGCCUUGUAGUCUUGCAAUUUUUUGCGCCUCUUAUCCUGGUUGCCUAUUAUUGUACCGUCAUGGCAUUUUGUAUGUUUCUUGAUCCACUCGCUUUUUGGUGGCUUUCAAUUCUGAAACCGAGACUUCAAUCGUUGUCGUGUGUUUGCAACUGAUUCUUUAUCCACUUAAUUGAUACAAAUGCAAUACAUUGAGAGACACAAGAUACAUUGGCAGUUGUUUUCUUGUCUUCUUCUUUUGUGAAGUUAGCUGCAAAUUGAGAAUUAAAGCAAGAAUCGUAAUGAGUCGCCCUCAUUUGUUUUCAAUUGAUUGCUUUGUAUUGCAAGAAAGUUGCUAUAUGAUAUAUCUCUUUAAGUCUUAUAAUUUUAGUUUCACCCUUCUCUUAAGUAAGCUGUACUAUACAAACAUUCUAGCUGUGUGUAUAAAAGAACUUUGCUUUCUCUGUAGGGACAAUAUUUUCCAUGUAAAUCUGUGUAGCAUUCUGUCAUUAUCAGCAUUUUAAGCUUUUCCCA